AUGUCGCAGAGAACAGUGAGCUACCUCAGCUACGCAAAUCCAGCAUUGAAGCAUAGGAAACGGACACCCCAAUGCCAGAGAGAUUAUGAAAAGAUCCAAAGGAGAAUAAAGUUCAAUGGUGAAAAAGUUGAAUAUGUUGCAUCGUAUAUAGACAGGUACUUUGGUUCUCAUGUAACAUCGAUGAUGCUCAUAUCAAUUGCAAAUGUAAUUAUUGAAAAACACAAAAUUAAACUUGACAGAUUAGCUCGAAGAAACAGAUCUGCUCUCCUUUGUUGGUUUACGGAGAAUUGGGACAUCAUUCACCCCUAUUUAAAGGAGAAAAAAUCCAAAUCUGGUGACAAAUCAGAUGAAUCUAAUAACGAAUUUGAUGAUCAAAACGGAAGAUGUAUCUACAAAUGUGAGGAAUAUUGUGGAUACUUCGAUCCAAGCGAUAUUUCCCUUUUAUUAAAUACCCAUAUGGAGAAUAUAUGCAAUCAAAAAGACCAGUUAUCAAAUUUCUAA